AUGUCUACCACUAAACGAAAGUCAGAUGCCAUGGACGUCACGCCUACGGGCAGUCCCACCAAGAAGAUGCGCUUGACACAGAACCAGAAGCAAGCACUCAUCGACAAUCUACAGCUUGAAAUCACCGAACGAGCGCGUAAACUUCGGGCUCAGUAUGCCCUUCAGGCGAACGAUCUCCGGUCGCGCAUUGAACGACGCGUCAAUCGAAUCCCAGUCUCACUGCGUAAAGCCAACAUCGGCGAGCUACUCGAAAAGCACAAUGCUGCCAUGAACAAACAACAGAUCGCUUCGCCUUCCCGAAAAUACUCGCCCACCAAAUUGUCACGUAACGUUGCGAGUGUCUCUGUUGACCCAGCGACAUCUCCCAGACGCGACAGCAGGACUCGGGGAGCAAGCCACGACCCGCACUUCUCCGAUAAAGAAAACGCACCUGCCGCUGGCACACCCGAGGGAAUCAAGAAUCCAAAGCGCCGUGUGAAGCCAGCCGGACCAGGCGGGCCCACGCGCGUGGCUUCACAGGAAGUACGAGGCAACGAGAACCGGAUCCUGUCACCCAAGUCCAACAAUUCCCGAACAUAUCCUCACUCGCCAUUCCGUGCAUCCCCCGAGAAGGGCCAACCUACCUACUUGUCGCGCCCUACUUCUCCCUUGAAGCCGUCUAGUCCGCUGCGAUCACGCGGUGCCACAGUCUCUGCAGUGAAAGACCAGCGGCCACCCUCCCAGCUCCAGAGGACUACUAACCGUGCCGCUACGGGACCCAAGACUACUCGGUCACCGUUGCCGCGUCCAGCGACCCGCCAGGGCGAGCGCAAGAAUAGCACGGGAUCCACCGCGUCUUCGGGUACCACCGUCACCAAAACAGCGAGGACAGGUGCUGGAGCGAGAAAGGCGACAACGGCAUCUGUUGCCGCUGCCGUGAAGAAGGCUGCUCCGCGUGCACAGGCGGCAUCGAUGACUGUGAAGAAGACCGCCACCACUGCUGCAAUGCGGAAGGCCACCGCCCCGGCUGUGGCUGAAACUGCACCUCGAACUCGAGCUCUGCGCAAGCGGAUUUAG